AUGCUGGCGUCCGCAGGAGCGCGGGUCACGCUGGUGUGCGCCACCAACGGCGACGUCGGCGAGAUCAGCGACCCGAUUCUGGCCACACCCGAAAACCUUUGGCAGGUCCGCAAGCAGGAACUCCGCAACGCCAUGGACAUAACCGGCAUCAGCGACGUGCGGUUCCUCGACUACCGGGACAGCGGCAUGGACGGCACCGACGACAACCGCCAUCCCAACGCCUACUGCAACGCUGGCGCCGAUACCGUUGUGGAUCGCCUCGCGGAAGUGAUCGCCGAAAUCAAUCCCCACGUCAUCCUGACCCACGACCCCAGCGGCGGCUACGGGCAUCCCGACCACAAGACAAUGUGCGCCCACACCACGAUUGCCGCCGAACGCGCGUCCGACCCCGACGCCGCCACGCCGCUGCUCUACUACGUCUGCUUCCCACGAAGCGUGUUCCAACGCUGGUGGCAGGAAAUGAUCGACCGCGGCAUCGAGCCCCCCUUCGCCGUUGACGCCAUCGACUCGUUAGGCACACCCGACGAGGAAGUGACUACUACCCUGGACGUCUCGGUCUGGGUGGAGACUAAAUUGACCUCACUGGCCUGUCACCGGACCCAGAUCAGUGACGAUGGCCCCUUCGAGCAACUGCCGCAAGACGUGUUGGAAUUCUUCAUCCAGACCGUGUUGCCCACAACGCCUUUCCUUGGACGGCCGAUUCACGGAGCCGCCGUAAACAUCCGGGAGAUUCGCUUCCCGCGUGGCCCGCGCAGCCGUGAAAGCAUUGGGAUCAUCUACACCGUUAUCGAAGACGACCGCACCGUCGAACUCGCAGGUAUAUACCUGAUUUCUUGA